AUGCUAAAGGGGUGAUGUUUGUGCUUGUUUUCCAUCAGCCUUUAACCACCUUCCGGUCAAAAUUCUAUACUAGUCAUCAUGCCUAACGCUCGCGUACUCCGAGACAUCAAGGCCCGCAACGUCGUGAAGGCUAAUGAAGUCCUCCGCAGGGCCUACCUGUAUGUCGCGCGGAACGAGACCCUGUCCCCGCAAGUGCGACACCAAGCUCAGCUGCAGCUGAAUACAUUUGGGAAGUACACACGUCCGACGACGGUGAAGAACCGUUGCACAGAAUCUGGACGUGGUCGGGGGAUUAUCAGCGAGUUUGCACUUUGCAGGUACCAGUUCCGACUGAAGGCGCUCAAGCUGGAACUCCCUGGCGUGCGCAAAGCUUCUUGGUAGAUGGAGGUUACACGUACAUAAGAGUUUAUGGUCUGGUGAGCUUACGCGUGUUUAAUCGGCAAAGUACGGAGUGCUCAUGGCACUCGGUGCAGCAUAUACCUAGUCGUCCCUACGUGACUUCUUUUGCAUGUAUCCUUCUGUCUAGACGUAGCUCGCAGUAUAUAUAUAUUACCGCACGAAGUCUCCGCACGUACAAUUAUAUACAG